UUAAGGCUUCCGGAAAUACGUACUGGUCUGACACCAAAGAAGAAGAAAAAGUAAACUGCAACAUGGCGACUCCCAUGCACAGAAUAAUAGCUAGGAGGCAAGCGGAUGCAAACAAACAAAGUGUUCGUUGCCAGAAGUGUUUGGAGCUGGGACACUGGACAUACGAAUGCACUGGGAAGCGGAAAUAUGUGCACAGACCAUCAAGAACAGUUGAGAUGAAAAAGAAACUGAAGGAGAAUGAAAACAAACCACCGAGCAUCCCUGGACCUGGAACAGAAGGGCCUAGCGAAAAGAAAAAGAAGGUUAAAGAUGGUAGCGGCAGCAGCAGUGAUUCAGCCAGCUCCUCAAGUGACUCAUCGUCAGACAGCAGUGACUCCUCCAGCUCCUCUUCAAAUGACAGCGACAGCAGCGGGGACAGCGACGAUGACAGCUCUUCCUCAUCUUCUUCGUCCACUUCAUCCUCAGACAGCUCAGACUCAGGAAGUGGCAGCGGCUCAGAUCAAGGACCUCCAAAGAAGAAGAAAAAGAAGAAAUGAACAAAUGUUAGAAUAAAUGUUUUUUCUCUAAGUAAAUUGAAGCUGUCCACUUGAAUCCCCCCCCCCUCCCCCCUCCCUUUCUUCUCAUAAUUGGAUUGAUCCAAAGGGAAAGGACACCUUUAGGGCUGUAAUAGUGCUUCUACAGUUUAGGCAAAAAGGACAAUUUGAUUAUUUUGUGUCAGCCAUUUUCUAAUUUUUUUCUUUUCGAAAUGCAUAUCUCUCUUCCUGUUACUUUAUUGAUAUAUUUUCCCACGUUUCUAUAUGUACUUAGCACAUUUUUAAUUCUGAGAACAUUUAUGAAAAGAAUCGUGUUAAAUUUGUGAUUUUGUACUAAAGUUUAUUUUUCGUCAAAUUUAACUGCCACCGCACAACCUCAAAAAAGUAAUGCCGUAUCUGGUAUUCAAAAGACAUUGAACCUUUCCAAGGAUAGAAAAUAAAAGUCUGUUCAAUUUUAAAUUAGUUUUGAAGUUGGAAAGUCUUGUUUCACUGUAAAAUAAACUUGGCUUGGUUUUCUUUUU